CCUCGCUGGAGGCCGGAGGCUGGGCUGUCCCACAGCAACCAGCCGGCGCACUUGCCCCGCGCGGGGACCAGGCAGAGCAGGAUCGAGGACAGAGGGCAGGAAAACCGGAGGCAGAGCAGACUGGCACCUGGACGACAUGGAGGCGAGAGCCACAGGGAACAGCAGCAACGUGGACAACUCGGCGCCCCCCUCGGUGGCCCAGCUGGCCGGGCGGUUCAGGGAGCAGGCGGCAGCGGUGGCAGGGAAGGAGAUGCCAGCCAGCAAGCCGGCCCGAAGGAAACCACCCUGCUCCCUCCCCCUGUUCCCCCCCAAGGUCGAGCUGGGCCAGAACGGAGAGGAGAAGUCACCACCUAAUGCCAGCCACCUUCCGAAAGUCAAGGUGAAGAGCUCGCCCCUGAUCGAGAAGCUUCAGGCCAAUUUAGCCUUUGAUCCCGCCGCCCUGCUCCCUGGAGCCUCACCCAAGAGUCCUGGACUCAAGGCCGCCCUGUCACCGUUUAACAGCCCGCCUUCCACCCCCAGCAGCCCCGGCGUGCGGCCUCAGGCCAGCGAGCCAGAGAAGGUGCCCAUCAGCUUCGACCAGCCCCCAGAGGGCAGCCACCUGCCCUGCUACAACAAGGUACGGACGCGGGGCUCCAUAAAGAGGCGCCCUCCCUCCCGCCGGUUCCGGAGGUCCCAGUCGGACUUCGGGGAGCUGGGGGACGGCGGGGCGGCAGAGCCCUCCCAGGAGAACGGUGCUCAGGAAGAAGCUGGGACCGAGCCAGAGGCCCCCGGCUCCCCUCCGCCUGGGGAGGGGGCGGUGGGGAGCGAAGGGAGGACGGCCCUGGGGUCCCAGGAGACGCGCUCUCUGAAGAGGACCUCCAGCAGGGCGGACAAGCAGGAGGAGAAGGCCCCGGCCCCGGCCCCGGCCCCGGCCCCGGAGGAGGCCCCGCAGCUGCCCGAGAAGGCUGCCCAGGCUGCCCAGGAGGAGGCUGGGGAACCAGCCCCGGCCCCCAGCACAGAGGCAGAGAACGGGGGCGGGAGCCCCGCGGAGGACAGGCCGGCCACCGAGCAGGGGGCCGAGUCCGCAGCGGUGAAGGAAGAGGGGGCCGGGGGUGACGCGGAGCCCGCACAGCAGAGCCAGGGCGCCGAGCGGCCGGAGGAGGGCGCUGUGGGGCAGGCGAGCCCCCCAAGCCUCCCUGGAGGAGUGGAGGGCGGCCUCACCCCUGAAGAGGGGGAGAGGAAGGGAAAGCAACAGGAGGGGGCUGUCCUGGAGCCAGGCUGCCAGCCCAGCACGAGCAGUGAGCUCCCCCAGACGAAGGACGACGCCCCCGCCCAGGACACGAGGGUGUGAGGCCCAGCCCGCUGUGCCAGCGAGCAGGAAGCAGCCGGGACAGCUCCUGGGGCACCGGCGCGGUGGCGGCAGCAAGCAAAGCACCGCAGUGGACUGUGUGGGCCGGGCAGCCCGAGGGGCACUGCCUCCGGCCUCCACCGCCCAGGCACAGGCUGGGUCUGAGGCAGCCGCUUUCAUCAGCUUGAGUUUGUGUCAUUUGAUGGACUUCUUUAAAAAAAAACUAAAAAAAAACUUAUUUAAAACAAUUUACUGUAGUGACUGCUCCCCGGGGAUCCUGGUGCACCUCUGGGGUCCAGAGGCUGCCCACACCCACCCACCCCUGCAGCCGACCUCGGAACUGGACUCUGCCUCAGCUGAUCGGAUUCUGUGUGAGAUGGUAGCCUCUCACUGUCCUAACGUUUUGACCACGCUCUAAUGUGAGCAAAAGCCGAUUGUAGGUGGCCAGAAACCAAAGAAAAUAGUAUUGCUGAAACUAUGAACGCUUAAGUGAUACAAAAGACCUUAAAUUGUAUCGAGACCUCGAGAAAACCUUUCAGCAUGAUCCAAAUUUGAACUGGCCACCCAACCGUUACAACAUUGGACUAGGAGAGAUCAUCACAGAAACAAAGAAUAAUGCGCCCGUCCCGGCAGGAGGAGCUUUUCUGGUCCCCUAGUUUCCUAGUUGGUGCUGGGCUCAGCUCCCUCCCUUCUUUUACAGAGAAGAGGAGAAGGGUGGAGGAGGAGGAGGAGGGAGAGGAGGAAGAU